AUGUUGAGAUCGCUUUAUUCGGUUUCUUCGAGAAGACUUUUGUCGAGCUCAGUCAGGCGCUUGGCUGAUGUCAACGUUACCGUCGACGGUAAAACAGUUCAGAUAGAAGCUGGCUCGAGUAUUAUUCAAGCUGCUGACAAAGCUGGCGUUACCAUUCCUCGUUACUGUUACCAUGACAAAUUGGCCAUCGCUGGUAACUGCCGAAUGUGUCUUGUUGAUGUCGAGAGAAUGCCCAAAUUGAUUGCCUCUUGUGCUGUCCCAGUUCAAGAUGGCAUGGUCGUCCACACCGACAGUGAAAGAAUCCACAAAGCCAGAGAAGGUGUCACUGAAAUGUUGUUGGAGAACCAUCCCUUGGACUGCCCAGUGUGUGACCAGGGUGGUGAGUGUGAUUUGCAAGAGCAGUCAAACAGAUACGGUUCUGACAGAGGCAGAUUCAAGGAAGUCACUGGUAAGAGAGCUGUGGAGAACAAGGCUAUUGGUCCUUUGGUGAAGACAUCGAUGAACAGAUGUAUUCACUGUACUAGAUGUGUGAGAUUCAUGAACGACGUUGCCGGUGCUCCUGAAUUGGGAUCUACCGGUAGAGGUAAUGAUUUGCAAAUCGGUACUUAUAUCGAAAGAAACAUCAACUCCGAGAUGUCUGGUAACAUCAUUGACUUAUGUCCUGUUGGUGCUUUGACUUCCAAGCCAUAUGCUUUCAGAGCAAGACCUUGGGAAUUGAAGAGAACUGAGAGUAUCGAUGUCAUGGAUGCUAUUGGCUCUAACGUUAGAGUGGAUGCUAGAGGUAUCGAAGUCAUGAGAGUGAUGCCUCGUUUGAAUGACGAGAUCAACGAAGAGUGGAUCUCCGACAAGUCUAGAUUCGCUUGCGACGGUUUGAAAACCCAGAGAUUGACGAAUCCUUUGAUCAAGGAUGGUGACAGCUUUAAGCCUGCCACUUGGGAUGAGGCUCUUUCAACCAUCGCCGCAGCCUACAACAAACUCAAGCCUAAUGGUGACGAAUUGAAGGCCAUCGCCGGUACUUUUGCCGAUGCCGAGGCCAUGGUCGCUUUGAAGGAUUUGGUUAACAAGUUGGGUUCUGAGAACACUGUUACUGAUGUCAAGCAGGCCACCGAGGCUCAUGGUGUUGACGUUAGAUCUAACUACGUCUUCAACAGUACUAUUGAUGGUAUUGAGGAUGCCGAUCAGAUCUUGCUCGUUGGUUCCAACCCAAGAUUCGAGGCUGCCGUGUUGAACGCUAGAAUCAGAAAGGUUUGGUUGAGACAAGACUUGGAGAUUGGUGUCGUCGGUCAGGGAUUCGAUGCUACCUUCAACUACGAGAACUUGGGCGCUUCCGCUAACGACUUGAAGAAGGCUUUGACUGGUGAGUACGGUAAGAGAUUGGGUGAGGCCAAGAACCCAUUGAUUAUUGUCGGUUCGGGUGUUGCCGAAUCCGAGGACGCUAACGCCAUCUACCACACCGUCGCUGAUUUUGCAUCUAAAAACAAGAACUUCAACACCGAGGAAUGGAACGGUGUCAACCUUUUGCAUCGCGAGGCUUCUCGUGCGGCCGCCUUGGACCUUGGUUUCCAGAAAUUCACACCUGAGACCUCGAAGCCCAAGUUUGUCUACUUGCUUGGUGCCGAUGAGAUCAAGGGCUCUGACAUUCCUAAGGAUGCUUUCGUCAUUUACCAGGGUCACCACGGUGACGUCGGUGCAUCAUUUGCCGACGUCAUUUUGCCAGGUGCUGCUUACACUGAAAAGUCUGCCACAUAUGUUAACACUGAGGGUAGAGCACAAAUCACCAGAGCUGCCACCAACUCCCCAGGCUCCUCGCGUGAGGACUGGAAGAUCAUCAGAGCUCUUUCUGAGUACGUUGGCGCUCCAUUGCCUUACGAUGAUUUGUACGCUGUCAGAGAAAGAUUGGGAGAGAUUGCUCCCCACUUCAUCAGACAUGAGGUCAUUGAGCCUACUUCUCAGGACAUCGCCAAGGUUGGUCUCACGGAUAUCACUGGCAGACUUCUGACUUUCAAGGCUGCUGGUAUCCCAUUGAAGAACCCUAUCAAAAACUUCUACUUCACUGACGUGAUCUCCAGAUCCUCGCCCACUAUGGCUAAGUGUGUGUCUUCAUUCGGUGCUAAGAUCGACAAGGUCAAGGACCCAAAGCCAUUGAGGUGCUUCAAUCUAGGACUCAAAUGCUCCGUUGACGAGGACCCAACAGCAGUAAAUGCAAGGAAAAGGAAACACACAAGGACCCAUCAACAAGUUGCGUCGAGGAUAACGAAAUUACUCGACGGUAUCGAGAAGGAGCUCGACUUCUUUGAGGAAAAGCAGCCCCAAGAGAACAGUGACCAUCACUCACAGCUUUCACUUCUAGCAGCAAAGUUAAACCUGGCAGGGGCAAGACUCGCAGACAGCUUCAGUAUCAAUGGCAAAGAGUCGACGCUUCAAGAGUUUCCGACUAUUCACCCGGAGACAAACAUGGCGCAUGAGCUAAUCUACACUCAUAAGCUUAUAUCCGACCAAGAGGCAAGGAGACGAUUCAGAUACUUCAUCGAGGAUAUGCUUCCUUUCUUUCCCAUCGUGGCACUACUGCUGGAGCUCAGGGAUUUUGACACUUUAAUGAAGACGAACUCUACACUUCUUCUAACCUGUCUCUAUAUCACUACAGUGAACGAUAAUGCCUUAUCUGACGAGAAACCCACGGAAGUCUCUAACAGAAAACUUCACGAGACGCUUAAUCAUUAUGUGACAUCUGAAAUUUCGAAACACAUAUUUGAGAGAGCCACGGCAUUCUCAUACCAUUUGGCUAUCUCUUGUUUGCUCCUAUCCUUAUGGGGCAUCCCUUCGGAUCGGAAAGGCCAAUUCAAAAGCCAGGUUGAUCUCGUAAACGCACAUGGUGUAUCACUAUGCGCUGAUGUGGGAAAUGUUUCGACGUAUCAGAUCAAGGCACUUGCAGAUGACAAUUCUUUGGAGAGGAACAAUUUGCGGACAUUCUUGGCCGUCUAUAGCUGUUGUGGGUCUUUAAGCUUUUCACUACCAAGGUUUAGAAUUGUCUCAUGGUGUCUUCGACAUGAUAUCGCGAUUAAGCAGCUUCUCACUAGAUACGACAACUCCAUUCCAACUCCAGAAGACAUCUUCGUGUGUUGCUUCACACGUCUUGUACGCAAAGGUCAAGAGAUUUUUGAUUACUUUAUUUCUCAUGGAGUGACAGUGAGCUUCUUGAGCACAGAAGGGGCUAGAACCAGAUGUCGCUCGGAUGACACUACUUUUGCAAGCGUCACAAACAGUUUGGAACGCUUCAAAGUCGAUUUGACCCAAACAAUGGCAGAAAGCGGCCUCAUUGACCCUCAGUCGUUGACUCCGAGACCAGAGGCUGAUGUUCGCAAAUACUGCCUCAUCAUCGUUUAUCAUCAAUUGAUGAUGAUGAACCACGAUACUCUUUUGAGCUGGCAAAUCUUCCACAUGAAACCGGACGCAGACAAUCUGCAAAUAAUUCCUCUAAUUAAACAUCAUGUUGACAAGUUCAAGGAGGCAUGCGAUUCCAUCCUCAAGUAUUAUAUCGAGAUGAACCUGAUCUCCUCGAAAAACUACCCAACAUGGUUGCAGUAUCGCUGCGUUCAUGCCCUAAUUUCAUUUGUGAGACUAUUAAUUUUGAUUAAAACUAAAGCUAAAGGCUUUGAACUAGAUGGUUUUGAAGAGAUGAAACUGAAGUUCGAUUACUACAUCUAUCACGUUCAAUUAAUUCUUGAAGUUAAUAGCAAUGCCUAUGACUCUAUCGCGUCAACAAGAGUCAAGCUUAUCGUCGACAAGAUCGUUAAAUGGAAGAAGGUUGUCGAGAGUCUGAAGAGUACCAUGAAGCUCGAUUACAUUAACAUCACUCAGACAAUGAAAGGACAAGAAAUGGAAAAGCUCAAAGAUCCUUCCUCAACUCCCUCCAAUAGUCGAAAAAGAAUAAAGGUGGAAGUUAAAAAUGAUGACGAAAAAAGACAAGAAAAUACCCCAGAUAGCGGAGGAAGCUUCGAUCCGGAGGAUUUCUUACCUCAAUUCCCAGACCUCACAAUGGCAUCCAGCACCGACAUAUUCAAAGACUUUGAUCGUGAUUUCCUCCGCUUCAUGAACCCUACCGAUCUAGCCUUUUUUUGA